AUGUCAUUCCGCAAGCGCAAUGUAGGCCUUUCAGGCACUGCUAAAUCGGACACUGACCCUUCGACUUCUCUACGAGAAAAGCACACCUUUCCUGGCGUCCGACCGUCCCCGAUCGACGGGCGACCUGCGACCUCGACGGGAACCGCCAGCCUGGACACCCUGCUUGCAGGUCAUUCCGGCUUAGUGCUAGGCUCUUCCUUGCUGAUCGAAGAAAGUGGUACAACAGAUUAUUCCGGUGCUCUUCUACGAUUCUACGCCGCAGAAGGUCUCCUGCAAGGGCACCAUGUCCAUGUGAUCGCCCUACCAGAACAAUGGGGCAGAGCCCUGCCUGGGGUCGUGAGAGACUCUGAAAAGAGGGACAAGGCAGGCUCAAGCGAGUCUGUAGAAAAGAUGAAAAUUGCAUGGAGGUACGAGAGCUUAGGCCAAUUUGGUGCCGGCUCAUACACAAGAGAGAUACCACAGCCAAGAUCAACGCAACCAAAUCAGCCUGGAAAUGACGAUACGGAUCCGGGAUUGUUCUGUCACGCAUUUGACUUGACAAAGAGACUGAUACACCCUGCUGCAGCCAAAUUGGACUUCCUGCAAUUGAGUGCCAAUCCAAGAGAGUCACCUUUUGGCCCAGUCCUAUCACGACUUGCUGGAACAAUAGCCAAUUCUUCUCCGGACACUGUCCACCGGGUGAUAAUUCCAUCACUUCUUUCUCCAGCCUUGUACCCACCACACUCGAGCAGUCCACAAUUUGUUCUUCAAUUUUUCCACGGUAUUCGUGCGAUCCUCGCUACAUCUCCCCAACGAGUGACGGCUAUUAGUUCGCUGCCUUUGUCAUUGUAUCCUCGAUCGUCGGGACUGGUAAGAUGGAUCGAACUCCUACACGAUGGUGUCCUCGAGUUGUCGCCUUUUCCACAUUCAGCAGAGGCUGACAUUCAACCCGCCCGCGGUUCAGGUGGCCCGAUCGAGGAGCAGCCUCAGGGACUCCUGCAAGUUCACAGGGUUCCAGUGCUUCAGGAACGUGGCAGCGGUAACGCGACUUCUGAAAAUGAUUGGACUUUCACUUUAAGCAGGAGAAAAUUCACCAUUAAACCAUUCAACCUUCCACCGAUUGAGGGGGAUACAGAGGCUCAGCAAGUGUCAGGUUUGGACUCCAAAGCGAAAAAGUCGGACGUCGAGUUCUAG